AAAUUAUAUAUUUAUAUUUAUAUAAAAAAAAUGUUAUCCUUAAAACACUAAAAGUUUCAAAAACAAAUAGUUGCGUCAGUUGUUGAAAUAUAAAUGAAUAAGUUGAGUUUCGAGCAUAGCUACUCAAACUUUUAUUUACUAUUUAUUUCAUAAAAGUCUUUUUAUAAAAAUAAUUAAACUAGCUAUGGAAGCUAAAAAAAAGUUUACCCGCGAGUGGGAACAACUGUUUCCAGAUUCUAGUCCCCCUAAUUUGUCCUUUGUCUUUACUUCAAAAGCUGCAUACGAUGAAGAAUUAUCAAGAUCUGAGAAGAAAAAGUCAGAGUUAAAAUAUGAAUUAAAAAAAGAAGAAUUUAUAUAUGAGUUUCUUUCUAUGUUAAAAAAUGACUUGAAUUUUUUAAAAUCUAUUGAGAAUCUUGAAAAAUCUUUACCUUUGCUAUCUGCUAGUGAACAAUUACCAAUUAUAAAUAGAUUUGAAAUACUUGAGGUAAAUAGUGAAAGUUCUCCUGUAACAUUUUCUAGUUUUCAAGUUCCAAAAACAGAUUUAACAACACUUCUACCACAUAAGUGUAUUGGUGAAGAUCUAAACAAAAUUUCGAAUAAUCAAAUUGAUUUUGUUCAACCAACUGAUGAGUUGAACAAAAAUAUUUAUGAAGAAAUAACUGAUAAUGAAAAUAAUGAAAAAGAACCGAAUCUGAUUUUUCCUAAGGAAGAAAUAUUGAAUAACAGUGAAAGUAGUGAUGACGAACAUGUUUAUACAAAUUUGGACACUUUUUUGAACAAAUCUUCGGAAAGUGUUAAUGAAACACAGAGUCAAUCAUUAAAUGACGAUCAAGACCCUUAUGAAAAUGAACAGUUUCAGCCAUUAAUUGACAACAAUAAGCAUUUUGAAGAUGAAGAGUUUCAGCCAUUGAUUGAUCCUAAAAAACUUUAUGAAAAUAUAAAACUAGAACAUGUUGUUACUUUUAGUGAAAAUGAAGAAACUGCAGAUAUUAAUGAAAAACGUCAAUGUCUUAAAAAACGCCAUGGUUCUGAAGAUCGUAAAGCUUUUUUGUUUUCAGAUCAGCUUGAUAUUAAAGAUGAAAGUAGUGAAAAUACAAAUGAUGAUGAUCACAUGUUGUUUACACCAACACAAAAUGAUGCUUUCAUAACACCAUCACCAGCACCAUCAGUAAUUAUUAAUUCUUUUGAAAAAGAUCAAGAAUACACAGAGAUAGAAGAUGAUCCAGUAUAUAUAAAUAUUAACCAUAUUAAAUCUGCGCCAAGUGAUGACAGUGGAUCUGAGAAUGAUUCCAAUUUGACUAAUUUAAAUAAUAUACCAUCAACCUUAUACCGAGAAAUGACAUCAGAUGAGUAUGCAUCUUUGCAAACCUGGGUAGAAAGUGACGAGGAGUGUCAUUCAUUUGAUGAAGAGGAUUCUGAUGACCUUCCAAAGAAACCAUUUGAAAGAAAAAAAAAUAAAGUUGGAAUAAAACUUUCAAAAUCAGAAGAUAAUCUUAAUCGUAAAACAAGUGUACAAAAAAGAAAAGAUUCAAUAGGAUUUUCAAGAUCAGAUGCACGAUUAUCUGAAGAUGAUAUCCAACUUAUAAAUGCAUCAAAAACGCGUAAAAUGCUUGUGAUGGAUUUGUUUGAUAACGAGAGACGUUACUGUGAUUGUUUGGAUAUGCUAAUGAAAUUUAUGAAACCGCUCCGAUUAUCAAUCCAAUCAUCCCAACCAAUACUCACAGCUGCUGAUUAUAAAUCUAUUUUUGGUCAGACUGAAGAAUUAUAUAAAAUGCAUAAAAAGUUCUUGAAUGACCUUGAGCCUCGUAUUGAAAACUGGAAUGAUAACUUAUUAAUUGGCGAUUUAUUUUUUAUCAUUAUGGAAGGUUUCAAGCUUUAUGCUUUGUAUGUUGGCAACUAUAGUCAUGCCAUGGAAACAUUAAACAAAUGUCGAAAUGCUAACCAACAGUUUAAAGCCAUAUUGGAGAAGAACAUCAAGAUUCCAGCUUUAAAAGAUCCACUGACUCUCGAAAGUCUUCUAUACAAGCCAGUUGAUCGUAUCACACAGUACUCACUCAUUUUAAAUGAUUUACUUAAGUAUACAUCACCUGAUCAUCCAGACCAUCCAUUAAUAGUUGAAGUUAGUGGAGCACUUUUUGAGUUAUUAGAAAAAGUUAAUGUGGAAACAUCAAAAAAGAAAAAAUCGCAACGUCAUUUGCUUAAAGAAGCAUUUGUGGUAGAGAUAGAUGAAGGACGUCGCUGCGCGCGUAGUCUAAUAUUGUUUAAUGAUGUCAUUAUUUCUGCUAAACAAAAAGCAUAUCGUGACACUUAUGUUUGCAAAUGGUAUGCAGGUCUUUCUGAUGUUAGUCUUAAACCAUAUGAGAACUCAGAAGUUACAACUCCUAUCCCUAUUUCAUCAAAAGCAGAGUGUGAUAAGUUGCGAGCUAGCAUUGCUAAUCUUCGUGCUGAAAUACGAAAAGAUUUUAUGCCAUUACAAAGUAUUGUACCAUUUGAUAGCCCAAUUAGUUUUGCAAAGAGAAGAAAUAUUUCAAACUCAUCAUCGUCACGAUCUUCCAGUCGUGGUAUAGAGAAGUUAAAAAAAAAAAUUACAGAAGAGGAAAGGCUCUUACAAUUAAUUGCUCCAAACAUUCCACUUAACUUGUAUCAUAAAAGCGGAAAGGUUUAUACAUUUUUAUUCAAUGUGGAUUCAGAGUGUCAAGCAUGGACUGAGGCAUUGCGACCACGAAUAAAACGAAUGCAAGUUCAAAGCAAUGAAUCUAUUCAUAUGAGCAGCUUAGAACUUCAACAAGCACUAGAAACUGUUCUAAAGGUUCAACGUCUUGGUAUAGUUCCAAGUACAUCAUCACCAUUUAUUGGAUCAGCUAAUAUAAGACCUUUAAGUGUGGACUUUUCAACAUUUGAUGAUAAAAACUCGCUUACUGGUUAUUUGUAUGUAAACAUUAGCAAUGGAAAAGGUUUCAAUCGAAAUUCAGAUACAUAUGUUGUUUUGGAAAUGGAUAGUUAUGGACAUUAUUUCAAAAAGGCUAAAACAAAGACUGCCAGGGGGUCUGAUCCCCAUUGGGAUGAGGAAUUUGAUAUGGAAAUUGAGGCAUGCACUUGUCUUCGUCUUACAUGCUUCAAUAAGCUAAGGCUCAUGGGAGAUGAUAUUUGUGGUAAAUGCUCAAUAAAUUUAAUGAGAGAGAAUUUAAUGGAUUACAAAACUCAUUAUCUUGUAUUAAGUUUGGAUAGAGGUCAAUGUUCAAUGAAUGUAUCCUUAUCAUUUGCCACUUCGAUGGGUGGAAUCAAAAAAACAAAAUCUUUUUGUGAAACUGGAGUCUUUGGUGUACCAAUCUCUGUUGUAUGUAGUCGUGAAAAAACAGUUAUUCCAAUAAUUGUGAUCAGCUGCAUAAAAGAAAUUGAAAAGAGGGGUAUGGAUGAAGUUGGUAUCUACAGACUUUCUGGUAUAGCAUCGGAAAUUCAAAAUAUAAAAAAACUUUUUAAUGAUCACACACAAAGUGCUGUGUUGCUUCUUGGAGAAACUGAUAUCCAUGCUGUGGCUGGAAUAUUAAAACUGUAUUUUAGAGAACUUCCACAAUCACUUUUUACAGGGAGCUUGUAUCCUAAAUUUGUUGAAGGAUUAAGCAUUAAAGAUGCCAAUGAAAAAGAACAGUUUAUGUUAGAUACUUUACAUGAGCUUCCAAGAGUUAAUAAGCUUACUGCGCUUUAUCUUUUUGAACAUUUACGAAGAGUUUCUUUACUAGAAAAUAUAAACAAGAUGGGUGUAAACAAUUUAGCAACUGUUUUUGGCCCAACUGUCCUUCGUACACCAUCAUCUUGUUCAGUUAAAGAAAACGAGUCUAGCUCUUGUAACGUUGAUACAUUUGAUAUUGGUGCGCUUGAUGUUAUGUCACAAGUAGGCGUGUUUAGGUAUUUUUUGGCUCUUAAAAACAAUCCUCGAGCAUGUUUACCUGAAGAUGAUUUAGAGUUAUGGAAAAGGCUUGAUGUAGAGAAAGCUAAUAAAUUGCAAGGACAUUUGUUGCAGUCUGCUGAAGAAUUUCUUAUAUAAGAGUAUUUUAAGCCGUGCAAAUAUUUAACUUGAUUUUUUUAAAGUUUUAUAUACUCUUUUAUUCUUUAUAAUUAUUUUUCUUCGCGCUUUUUCUAUUUGUAAUUAUUUAUUAUAGGCUCACUAUGAAUUAAGUUAGUUUUUUUAAUAUUUCAUGAUAUUGUUGUCCUAGAUUAGUGUGUCAAAAUGUAUAAGUUUAUUUAUUAUUUUGUUCAAUGAUUUAUUAAAUCAUAAAUAUACUUUCUGCCGAGUAUUAAUCGAUAGUUGUCGAUUAUUAA